AAAGUUUAUGCUUAAUGAUACAUAUUUUCAAUGGUAUUAAAGUUUCAAAACUUUGUAAAAUUAUUUUCACAUAAAACAAAAAUGAAUGAACGAAGCACUGAUAAAUUACAAACUGAUCAAGCAACUGAAGAUGGAUCAAAAGAUGAUGUAACCAAUAAAAAAAGUUGCUUGAUGUGUUUAAGGAGUCGAACAACAUUAAUGAUUAUUGUAUUUGUUGCAUUAUUGUUGGAUAAUAUACUACUGACUACUAUUGUUCCAAUUAUUCCUAAAUUAUUAUCGAACGAAGAAUCGGCAAAAUACAAUUGUACCAAUGGUAAUUGUUCUCAUUCGCCUAAUCAUACAACGGAACAUUUUGAUCCAUAUAUAAAAAUUGGUAUUAUGUUCACUACAAAACCGCUUGUACAAUUUCUAGUCAAUCCAAUUAUUGGUCCUAUUACUAAUAGAAUCGGUUAUAGUAUUCCAAUGUUCACUGGAUUUGUACUUUUGUUUACGUCAACAAUUGUUUUUACUGUCGCAAAGAAUUUCUACUUAUUACUGGUUGCUAGAGCUGUUCAAGGUAUUGGAUCUGCAUGUUCAUCGGUGUCAGGAAUGGGAAUGUUAGCCACUAAUUAUGUUGAUGAAACUGAACGAGGUCGUGCAUUUGCUUUUGCUUUAAGUGGACUUGCAAUAGGAUUAUUAAUUGGUGCACCCUAUGGAGGAAUUACAUAUCAAUUUAUAAGCGAAGAAGCACCAUUUCUUAUACUGGCUGGUUUAAUUAUCUUUGAAGGAAUUCUACAACUGUUCGCCUUAAAACCACGUAUUCAACGUGAAAGUCAAGAAGGUUCUUCGCUACGUGAAUUAUUAAAAGAUCCAUAUAUUUUAAUAGCAGCUGGUGCAAUCACUUUCGGCAAUUUAGGCAUGUCUGUAUUAGAACCAACUUUACCAUUAUGGAUGAAAACUACUAUGAAUUCUACUGAAUGGCAACAAGGUAUUGCAUUUCUACCAGCUAGUUUAUCAUAUCUAUUUGGUACAAAUAUAUUUGGACCGAUUGCACAUCGAAUUGGUAGUGGUUAUAGUGCAGGUCUAGGUUUAUUGAUUACUGCUGGAUGUUUAAUAACAAUACCAUUUUCAAGACGAAUAGAACAUUUAAUAGCGCCAAUGUUUGGUAUGGGAUUUGCUGUUGGCAUGGUUGAUUCAUCUAUGAUGCCAGUUAUGGGUACUUUAGUGGAUUUAAGACAUGUUGCUGUUUAUGGAAGUGUUUACGCAAUUGCUGAUGUAGCAUUUUGUCUUUCAUUUGUGAUUGGACCUAUUGUUAGUGCUAUUCUAGUGAAAUUCUUAGAUUUCAGAUGGAUGAUAUGGAUUAUAGCAAUAUUCAGUUUUAUGUAUGCGCCAUUAACGUUAUUCCUUAGAAAUCCAUCACAAAAGAAAAAUAACAAUUUAAAGAUAAGCGUUUGUAGAUCAAUUUACGGUUUAAACGAAGAACAGUGAAAUCCCAUUCAAUAAAAAACGAUUUUCAUAUUUCAAGUGAAUUUAAUUUAUCAAAAAAAUUGUGAUUAUGCAUUUCUAAUUAUAUAUA